AUGGACGCCUCAAUGUCCAUCAACGUGACGCCGGUCGUCUCUGUUGCCCUUGUAGUUGUGUCAACCAUAUUUCCGGUCUUGUCUCUGUUAUCGAUUAUUCUCCGGUUUCAAGCUCGCCGAAUAGGACGCUUGAAACUUGCAGCCGAUGACUGGUGGAUCUUGGCAGGAUGGCUCCCUACUUUUGGUUUGAGCCUCACGAUUUGGAUUUUCGGUAGCAUCACCGGUAUCGCCAAAUACAAAGUCAAUUUAGCAGCGGGGAUUCAGAGAUCGUUCCAAUGCAUAUUCAUCUGUAGUGCCAUUCUGCAAGUUAGCCUAUCUGCCGUCAAGAUCUCGAUUUUGUUAUUCUAUAAGCGAACAUUUUCGGUCCCUAAGUUCCAGAUCGCUAUAUACACAGCCAUCGCUAUUGUUGGUUGCUGGGGAAUUGCCUUCUUCUUGCUGAUUCUUCUAGAAGGCGAGCCGAUCAGCAGGGCAUGGACGGGAAAAGGACACUUCAGAUUCGAUCAAGUUGCCAUGGAGUUCGCUCAAUCUGCCACCAGUAUCGCAUUGAAUGUCGCUGUCUUGCUGCUCCCCCUCCCCAUGCUUUGGUACCUGCCCAUGUCUCCCCAUCGAGUGUGGGAUCUGAUUCUUGUCUACGUCUUAGGUGCACUGGCCUACGCGAAUCAUAGUUGCUGCGCUGCUGCUAUUGUUCGACUCGUUUUGCUCCAUGCCUCUAUAGCCAAGGAGGCUACCGACUUAUCCGUAGUCCACAUCCACACCAACCAGCUUAUCUUCAUGAUCAUCGAGACCAACUGUUCGAUCAUUGCCGCCUGUUUACCAUGCUACGGUGCCCUUCUCCGAGGGGGGCAAUCACUUGCAUCGAUCGUCCGAUCCUUGGCCAUCCACGGCCGGGCCGACUCCCAGACCGAUUCCAGUUUUACAAGCCUCCGUAGCGGCAAGCACUACCCGAUCCACGGAAUCAGGGAUUUGUACGCCGAGACAGGCUCUCAGGUCGAACUCACCGGGCCCAGGGAUCGUUGGUCGCGAACGACAACACAGGUCACCAUCAAGGUCAGCGGGAACGCGCGCCAGAACGAUGAGUGUCUCUCGCCAGGGAUUGUGGUCCAUACCGAGCUUGAUAUAUCCACGAAAGGGACUGAUGUUUAA